ACUUCCGGUCUGGGGCCUGCGGCGGCGGCGGUGUCGGCGGCGGCGGCAGCGGGUCGGUGUAGAAAAUGGCGCUGGUGCAGCGGCUCGGGCCUCUCCCCGCGGCGCUGCGGAGGGCUUGAGGCUCACGAGCCUCCUUCGCCGCGCCCCACUUGCUCGUGCACUUUACACACAUGAGAGAAUUGGAAGCUAAAGCUACCAAAGACGUAGAAAGAAAUCUUAGCAGGGAUUUAGUGCAAGAAGAAGAACAGUUGAUGGAAGAAAAGAAAAAGAAAAAAGACGACAAGAAAAAGAAGGAAGCUGCUCAAAAGAAGGCCACUGAACAAAAAAUCAAAGUGCCAGAACAGAUAAAGCCCAGUGUAAGCCAGCCUCAGCCUGCCAACUCUAAUAACGGCACUUCCACAGCAACCAGCACUAAUAAUAAUGCCAAGCGAGCUACAGCCAACAAUCAGCAGCCACAGCAGCAGCCGCAGCAGCAGCCGCCGCAGCAGCCACAGCAGCCGCAGCAGCAGCCACAGCCGCAGCAGCCACAACAGCAGCCACAGGCCUUGCCUCGGUAUCCUCGUGAAGUACCUCCACGAUUUCGCCACCAGGAACACAAACAGCUUCUAAAGAGGGGUCAGCAUUUUCCUGUCAUAGCAGCAAACCUUGGAUCUGCUGUUAAAGUGUUAAACAGCCAGUCAGAAAGCAGUGCUUUAACAAAUCAACAGCCACAAAAUAACGGAGAGGUGCAGAACAGCAAAAACCAGUCAGAUAUAAACCACAGUACUUCAGGAUCCCAUUAUGAAAAUUCCCAGCGGGGACUUGUGUCUUCUACAAGCGAUUCUAGCACAAACUGUAAGAAUGCUGUUGUAAGCGACUUGUCGGAAAAAGAAGCAUGGCCCUCAGUCCCUGGCAGUGAUCCGGAGUUGGCUUCAGAAUGUAUGGAUGCUGAUUCUGCCUCCAGUUCUGAAUCGGAAAGAAAUAUCACUAUCAUGGCUUCAGGGAACACAGGUGGUGAAAAAGAUGGCCUUCGAAAUAGCACUGGACUUGGUUCCCAAAACAAGUUUGUAGUUGGUAGCAGCAGCAAUAAUGUGGGCCAUGGAAGUAGUACUGGGCCAUGGGGUUUUUCCCAUGGAGCCAUAAUAAGCACAUGUCAGGUCUCUGUGGAUGCUCCUGAAAGCAAAUCUGAAAGUAGCAACAAUAGAAUGAAUGCUUGGGGCACUGUAAGUUCUUCAUCAAAUGGAGGGUUAAAUCCAAGCACUUUGAAUUCAGCUAGCAACCAUGGUGCCUGGCCAGUAUUAGAGAACAAUGGACUUGCCCUAAAAGGGCCUGUAGGGAGUGGUAGUUCUGGCAUCAAUAUUCAGUGCAGUACUAUAGGCCAGAUGCCUAACAAUCAGAGUAUUAACUCUAAAGUGAGUGGUGGUUCUACCCAUGGUACCUGGGGAAGCCUUCAGGAAACUUGUGAAUCUGAAGUAAGUGGUACACAGAAGGUUUCAUUCAGUGGUCAACCUCAGAAUAUUACCACUGAAAUGACUGGACCAAAUAACACUACUAACUUUAUGACCUCUAGUUUACCAAACUCCGGUUCAGUGCAGAAUAAUGAGCUGCCUAGUAGUAAUACAGGGGCCUGGCGUGUGAGCACAAUGAAUCAUCCUCAGAUGCAGGCUCCAUCAGGUAUGAAUGGCACUUCCCUUUCUCACCUUAGCAAUGGAGAGUCAAAAAGUGGAGGCUCUUAUGGUACUACAUGGGGUGCCUAUGGUUCUAAUUACUCUGGAGACAAAUGUUCAGGCCCUAAUGGCCAAGCUAAUGGUGACACUGUGAAUGCAACUCUAAUGCAGCCUGGCGUAAAUGGGCCUAUGGGCACUAACUUUCAAGUUAACACAAACAAAGGAGGUGGUGUGUGGGAAUCUGGUGCAGCAAAUUCCCAGAGUGCAUCAUGGGGAAGUGGAAAUGGCGCGAAUUCUGGAGGAAGUCGAAGAGGAUGGGGAACCCCUGCACAAAACACUGGCACUAAUUUACCCAGCGGUGAGUGGAACAAACUGCCUAGCAAUCAGCAUUCCAAUGACAGUGCAAAUGGCAAUGGUAAGAAGUUUACAAAUGGAUGGAAAUCUACUGAGGAAGAGGAUCAGGGUUCUGCCACAUCUCAGACAAAUGAGCAAAGCAGUGUGUGGGCCAAAACAGGAGGUACAGUGGAGAGCGAUGGUAGUACAGAAAGCACUGGACGCCUUGAGGAAAAAGGAACUGGAGAAAGUCAGAGUAGAGACAGAAGAAAAAUUGAUCAGCACACAUUACUCCAAAGCAUUGUAAACAGAACUGACUUAGAUCCACGUGUCCUGUCCAACUCUGGUUGGGGACAGACUCCUAUUAAGCAGAAUACUGCCUGGGAUACAGAAACAUCACCUAGAGGGGAACGAAAGACUGACAAUGGGACAGAGGCCUGGGGAAGCUCAGCAACACAGACUUUUAACUCAGGGGCAUGUAUAGAUAAGACUAGCCCUAAUAGUAAUGAUACCUCAUCUGUAUCAGGGUGGGGCGAUCCCAAACCUGCUCUGAGGUGGGGAGAUUCCAAAGGCUCAAACUGCCAGGGGGGGUGGGAAGAUGAUUCUGCUGCUACAGGAAUGGUCAAGAGCAAUCAGUGGGGGAAUUGCAAAGAGGAGAAGGCUGCAUGGAAUGACUCGCAAAAGAACAAACAGGGAUGGAGUGAUGGACAGAAAUCAAGCCAAGGGUGGUCUGUUUCUGCCAGUGAUAACUGGGGAGAAACUUCAAGGAGUAACCAUUGGGGUGAGGCCAAUAAGAAAUCCAGCUCAGGAGGUAGUGACAGCGACAGGUCCGUUUCCGGUUGGAACGAACUUGGUAAAACUAGUUCUUUUACUUGGGGAAACAACAUAAAUCCAAAUAAUUCAUCAGGAUGGGAUGAAUCUUCUAAACCUACUCCUUCCCAGGGAUGGGGAGACCCUCCAAAGUCUAAUCAGUCUCUAGGUUGGGGAGAUUCGUCAAAGCCAGUCAGUUCUCCAGACUGGAACAAGCAACAAGACAUUGUUGGAUCUUGGGGAAUCCCACCAGCUACAGGCAAACCUCCUGGUACAGGCUGGCUGGGGGGACCUAUACCAGCCCCAACAAAAGAAGAAGAACCCACAGGCUGGGAGGAACCAUCCCCAGAAUCUAUACGUCGCAAAAUGGAGAUUGAUGAUGGAACUUCAGCUUGGGGAGAUCCAAGCAAAUACAACUACAAAAAUGUGAACAUGUGGAACAAAAACGUCCCAAAUGGCAACAGCCGUUCAGACCAGCAAGCACAGGUACAUCAGCUGCUAACGCCUGCAAGUGCCAUCUCAAACAAAGAGGCAAGCAGUGGCUCUGGCUGGGGUGAGCCCUGGGGGGAGCCUUCUACUCCAGCCACAACUGUGGAUAAUGGUACUUCAGCAUGGGGUAAGCCCAUAGACAGUGGUCCCAGCUGGGGGGAACCCAUUGCUGCGGCAUCCAGCACAUCCACGUGGGGCUCCAGCUCUGUUGGUCCACAAGCAUUAAGCAAAUCUGGGCCAAAAUCUAUGCAAGAUGGCUGGUGUGGUGAUGAUAUGCCAUUGCCUGGAAAUCGCCCCACUGGCUGGGAAGAGGAAGAGGAUGUAGAGAUUGGAAUGUGGAAUAGUAAUUCAUCUCAAGAGCUUAACUCAUCUUUAAAUUGGCCACCAUAUACAAAGAAAAUGUCAUCGAAGGGUCUGAGUGGCAAAAAAAGGAGAAGGGAAAGGGGAAUGAUGAAAGGUGGAAACAAACAAGAAGAAGCGUGGAUAAAUCCAUUUGUUAAACAGUUUUCAAAUAUCAGUUUUUCGAGAGACUCACCAGAGGAAAAUGUACAAAGCAAUAAAAUGGACCUUUCUGGAGGAAUGUUACAAGACAAACGAAUGGAGAUAGAUAAACAUAGCCUAAAUAUUGGUGAUUACAAUCGAACGGUCGGGAAAGGCCCAGGUUCUCGGCCUCAGAUUUCCAAAGAGUCUUCCAUGGAGCGCAAUCCUUAUUUUGAUAAGAAUGGCAAUCCCAGUAUGUUUGGUGUUGGAAACACAGCAGCACAACCCCGGGGCAUGCAGCAGCCUCCAGCACAACCUCUUAGUUCAUCUCAGCCUAAUCUCCGUGCUCAAGUGCCUCCUCCAUUACUCUCCCCUCAGGUUCCAGUUUCAUUGCUGAAGUAUGCACCAAACAACGGUGGCCUGAAUCCACUCUUUGGCCCUCAACAGGUAGCCAUGCUGAACCAGCUAUCCCAGCUAAACCAGCUUUCUCAGAUCUCCCAAUUACAGCGAUUGUUAGCGCAGCAGCAAAGGGCGCAGAGUCAGAGAAGCGUGCCUUCUGGGAACCGGCCGCAGCAAGACCAGCAGGGUCGACCUCUUAGCAUGCAGCAGCAAAUGAUGCAACAAUCUCGUCAACUUGAUCCAAACCUGUUGGUGAAGCAGCAGACUCCACCAUCUCAGCAGCAGCCACUCCAUCAGCCAGCCAUGAAGUCUUUCCUUGACAAUGUCAUGCCCCACACUACACCUGAGCUGCAAAAAGGGCCAUCACCAAUAAAUGCUUUCAGCAACUUCCCUAUAGGCUUGAACUCAAACUUGAAUGUAAAUAUGGAUAUGAACAGUAUUAAAGAGCCACAGUCAAGACUAAGGAAAUGGACGACAGUGGACAGCAUUUCUGUGAACACAUCUUUGGAUCAAAACUCCAGCAAACAUGGUGCUAUUUCAAGUGGUUUCAGGCUGGAAGAAUCUCCAUUUGUUCCCUAUGACUUUAUGAACAGCAGUACUUCACCAGCCAGUCCUCCAGGUUCAAUAGGAGAUGGCUGGCCACGUGCCAAAUCGCCUAACGGCUCUAGCAGUGUUAAUUGGCCACCAGAAUUUCGUCCUGGUGAGCCAUGGAAAGGUUAUCCAAACAUUGACCCUGAAACUGACCCUUACGUCACUCCUGGCAGUGUCAUAAACAAUCUUUCAAUUAAUACUGUGCGGGAAGUUGACCACCUCAGGGACAGGAACAGUGGGUCAUCCUCAUCCUUGAACACCACGCUGCCUUCAACUAGUGCCUGGUCAUCCAUUCGUGCCUCCAACUACAACGUUCCCCUCAGCAGUACAGCACAAAGCACUUCAGCCAGAAAUAGUGAUUCCAAAUUGACAUGGUCUCCUGGUUCAGUUACAAACACCUCUCUGGCUCAUGAGCUGUGGAAGGUCCCUUUGCCACCUAAAAACAUCACUGCUCCGUCCCGUCCACCUCCGGGACUGACUGGUCAGAAGCCACCCUUGUCUACGUGGGAUAAUUCUCCCCUUCGUGUAGGUGGAGGAUGGGGAAAUUCUGACGCCAGAUAUACCCCAGGUUCCAGCUGGGGUGAGAGCAGCUCAGGGAGAAUAACAAAUUGGCUUGUUCUAAAAAACCUUACACCUCAGAUCGAUGGCUCAACUCUGCGCACUCUGUGCAUGCAGCACGGCCCACUGAUCACAUUCCACCUGAACCUCCCUCACGGAAAUGCUCUGGUCCGCUACAGUUCAAAAGAAGAGGUAGUGAAGGCACAAAAGUCUCUGCACAUGUGUGUACUGGGGAACACUACUAUUCUUGCUGAGUUUGCCAGUGAAGAGGAGAUCAGUCGUUUCUUUGCACAAAGCCAGUCUCUGACCCCUUCUCCCGGCUGGCAGUCUCUCGGGUCCAGCCAGAGCCGGCUGGGCUCCCUCGACUGUUCCCACUCAUUCUCCAGCCGGACCGAUCUCAAUCACUGGAAUGGUGCUGGGCUGUCGGGAACUAACUGUGGAGACCUUCACGGCACUUCACUCUGGGGGACCCCGCAUUAUUCCACAAGCCUGUGGGGUCCUCCAAGCAGCAGCGACCCCCGAGGAAUUAGCAGCCCAUCUCCCAUUAACGCUUUUCUUUCUGUUGACCACCUGGGUGGGGGUGGAGAGUCCAUGUAACAGUGUAGAUGCAGACUCACCGACCGGGACCUCAGACGCGAGGGAAAGGAGCACUAAGUGGGGCUCGCCGCCUGCAGCCAGGGGCCGCCUGUGGGAACAGCUAUUCUCUGCACAUUUUCCACUUUGUUUUCCCCAAAACAUAUCAGUUUGAAUACUUGAAUCAUGCAGGCCAAUAUUAUAAUGUGAAAAGGUAUCUAUUCUAUUUACACUCCCAAAUAGCGCCAUACAUGCUAAACCGUAGAGAAUGAGCUCGCUUGUGUCUAUUCAUCAUGUUUAGCCUUUGGAUUCUUUUUUUUUUUUUUUUCCUUCUAUUCCUCCUCCCCUCCCCUUUUUUUCUCUCUUGCAAAACCAUUUUUUGGGCUGAUACCGUAUGAGCUUUUCCCUUUGCACUGAAUGAUGUUCUCUCCGUCUCAUCGGCAGUAUGGGGGCAGCUGUCCCAGUGUCAAUGUUUACUCAAGGGUGUUCUUAGGAGGCGUGCGCUCUCUACUAUGCCUUGAUGUUGCCUACCUUAUUGUGGUAUCGUGGAGUUUAAAAGAUCAAGUUAGGACUGACUUAGGAUUAUUAAUGAAAGUGUUGCACCAGUUUUUUCAUGUUGUAAAACUAAAGAAUUUCGCUCUGCAGUUUGAAAAACUGUGGCCACAGCUGUGACUUGCAGCCCACCUGCCACCCAGGACGGGCCCUGCACUUUGAAUAGGCUUUCCAUUUUGUUUUGGAGGUUCCCACGUUGAACCUUCUUGUUUACAGAUUUUUUUGUUUGUUUUUUGAGAAAAAAAAAAUGUUUACUCUUCCAUCAUUUAAAAAAAAUGUAAAAGACAAAAAAAAAUGGAGGAUGAUUUAAAAGAUGCUUUCUAUCUCUGGGAAAAAGGAGCAGCAUUUGGCCAUGUUCUUUUGUUUUUCUAUUCCUGUCCCAAAUCAAAGAGCAUGGUUCUCAGGAAAACCAGUUCCCCAGUUAAAAAAAAUAAAUAAAAAAAAUAAAUAAAAAAAAAAUAAACUCCUUGUAGUUUCUUAUAGGAAAAAACAAAAACCCCAACUUUUAGCACUGAUACUACAUAUUGCUCUGUUAAAGAAUUUUCUCUGCCAAAAAAGAAAAAAGAAAAAACAAAAAAACGCUUAAAGCUGGAGUUUGACAUUCUGCUUUCAGAUGCUGUCUUUUUAUUAGUGAGUGAUGAUGGUUUGCUAAUAAUCAGUAGGUAAUAAUUUUUUGUAAUCCCAUCAAGUGGCUCCAUAUGUUUCUGCUCUCUUGUGACUGUGUUAAUGUUUAACUGUUGUACCUUAAAGCCGAAAUCAGUAACUAUGCAUACUGUAACCAAGGUAUUGGGCUUACAGAGUUGUUUGUUGUAUAAAGAAAAUUUUAAAUGUUGUUGCAAACUAACGAGUUACACCAUUUUAAACUUUCUUUCCUCCCCUUUUUUUGCCCACAAAUGGUAUUAUAAUGCUUGCUUAGUCAAAGAAGAGAGACUAAACAAGGGUAAAAAUUUUAACAGUACAGAAUUUGCCAUCAUUUCAUUGCCUUGAUUCUAACUGUUUGUGUCCUAAGAUGCAAAAGAAGUCAGUGGCUUUUAACUGUUUACAAAUAGAAUGUGAUUGUAAAAUGUACAGUUUGGUUGUGUUUGAAUUAUGAAAUUUCUUCGGAUAUAAUAAACCAUGACUUUUUGGCUGCUCAACAUUAAUUGUCUCCUUUUUGUGAAUUUAUUUGUAGGCUCUUUUUUAUAAUGAAAGUUUCAAAGUUGCUAUGUAUGAGGGUUCUCAUAGAGCAACCGAUUAAAAAUUUAAGCAAAUAUUUGAACAUUUUAUCUGAACUCAUCACAAUUUCACCCUGAAAUAAUGUGAGAACAAUGGGAAACUGUAGCUUGCUCCUUCCCACCCUCUCUGAGCAUCUUUGGGAUCUUGUUGCUCAAAACUCUUCUGUGACUUCAUCUUCCCCACCAUUUGUGCCCAUCUCAAGCCUCAGCAAGAAACCAUGUGGAACAUGAAGCUUAAUGACUUGCCAGUGUACUAGUGUUAAACUCUCAUACCUCUGUUACAAAGCGAGAAACGCCACACCCGGACUGGCCUUUUCUUCCCCCUUCACGGCCCUCGCUUCUCCCUGCAGGAGCUCGGGGGCGAAACCUGUGUAUGGAUUUCAGUGUAUGACUUCAGAUCAUGCUCCAACUUGCCAGGUGUAAGCUAAUGUUGUCGGACACCUUACUAUAAGCAAAUGUUAUUCAGUGCGUUCAAUGUAUAUUGACUUCCAUACUGGUUUUUCCAAAAACCAAAGGUAGCUUUGAAAAACCAUGUCUGGAAAUGUUUGGAGCGUUAAGCUGAUUGACCUUCUGACCUUGGGGCUUUGAGUAGUAUAUAAUUCAUAACUGCGUUACUUGUAUUGUUAAAGUGUUUGGGAGUUUUUUGCGCUUGUUAUGUGGAAAUAAAGUGUUUGAUUUAAAAUUUUU